UUGGAAUCGAGAGCCAUGGCCGACCAAGACGCUUGCACCUGCGGCUUCCUGCCCUGCGUCUGCGUCACCGAGGAAGAGGUCAAGCAGGCCGAGAAGCUCGCAGCGCUGCGCAGCAUCCUCAUGACCACGACGGCGCCGUGCGAUCUCUGCUUCAUGCUGCCGUGCAUCUGCGACGGCGACUUGUACGAGGACGCCGACGUCCCGCUGCAUCCCGACCCGCCCGUGCUGCGCGCUCAGCCGCUUGACGACUAUGGCCGUGUCGAGCUCGACGACGAGCUUUGGGUCGCGGACGAGAUCGCGAACGUGCUCAAGCCGCACCAAGUCGACGGCGUCCGCUUCAUGACGACGCACUUGGCGGCGUCGCGUGGCUGUAUCCUCGCCGACUACAUGGGUCUCGGCAAGACGCUACAGCUCAUCACGACGCUGCAGAGCUACCUCGCCGACGGCCUCGCUGCGGGCGAAAAGCGCACAGCGCUCGUGCUUUGCCCGACCGUAUGCAUCAUGAACUGGGUCCUCGAGUUUCGGAAAUGGCUCAAGGAGACCACGCUAGCUCACUGCCCGCUCUUCUACAUGGAAACCAGCAGCCACAAGUCGAGCCCGGCCUGCCGCAUCGAGCUGCUCGAAAAGUGGCAUGCGACCGGCGGUGUCCUCAUCCUCGGCUACGAGAUGUACCGCAUGCUGCUCAACCCGACGAAAACGACCGACAACAUUGUCCUCGAAGCGACGACCGUCAUGAAGGAAGGCGUGGUCGAGAUCCACGACCGCCACCAGCUUGCGAUGGACAAGGCGCUCCGCAAGCUCUCGUCGCUCUUGUGCAACCCCGGGCCGAGUCUCGUGGCUCUGGACGAAGGCCACCGCAUUAAGGACCCGACGUCGAUCCUCUGCUCGUGCCUGGAGCGUAUCGCGACGCCCCACCGCAUCGUGCUCACGGGCUACCCGUUGCAGAACUCACUCGCGGAAUACUGGUGCAUGGUCAACUUUGCGCUACCGGGGUUCCUCGGCACGUACGAGUCGUUUCGGUCGACAUAUGAAAAGCCCAUUCUCGACGGCGACGACGCCAAGGCGACGGAGCUCACGACGCGCCUCUCGACCGUCGUGCUGCGCCGCGGCCAAGCGCUUCUGAAUGCGCACUUGCCGCAGAAGUUUGAGUGGAUCAUCCACUGCCACCUCUCGCCGCUGCAGCACGAACUCUACGUAGCGUUCUUGGAGCGAGACCGCGCGACCAAGCAGCAGUGGGACCUCUUUACAGCCUACACGACGCUGCUCCAGCUCGUCAACCACCCGGACGUGGUUCGCACCCGGCUCUUUCUCAACGAGACGAACGAGAACGACGACGAGAAGGACCCGACCGACGAGCUAAACGACUGGCAGCCCGUGCUCUCGGCCAAGCCAAAGCCCGUCAAGAAGCGCAAGCGCAUCGAACGCGACCCGGCCACGACGCUGUGGGCGACGCGCCUCGACGCCGACGCAUACGAGCCUGGUGUCGCGGCCCACAGCGGCAAACUCUCCGUCUUCCUCGCCCUUUUGCACCAAAGUCGGGCCGUUGGCGACAAGAUUGCCGUCUUCUCCCAGAGCGUCUCGACGCUGCGCGAAAUCGCACGCUUCAUCGACGCACUGGACGCCAUGAAAGCGCCCACGACCCAGAAGAAACCGACCAAAGCCAAGAAAGGCCGGAAGGCCGUCACGCCAAGCAAGCAAGCGCCGUCGUGGCGUCUCCUCGAGGGCAGUGUCUCGUCGUCCAAGCGCAUGGACUACAUUGAGACGUUUUCGAACCCGUCGAGCCGCGUCGAUGUGUUCCUCGUCUCGACGCGCGCCGGCGCCGAGGGCAUCAACCUCCACGCCGCCAACCGCGUCGUGCUCUUUGACGUGAGCUGGAACCCGUCGCACGACCACCAAUCCAUGUGCCGGUCCCACCGCAUUGGGCAGCGCAAGGACGUUCACGUCUACCGCCUCGUGAGCCACGACACGAUCGAAGAAAAAAUCUACAACCAACAAGUGAAAAAAGUGGACUUGAGUGCCAACGUCGUCGACGCGACCGCCAUCAGCGCGUUCAAGCCCUCCGAUACCUCGUCGUUCUUUGCGCCGCCGUCGCCGCCACCCAUGUCGUCUGUGGCGCAUGCCCUGAGCGGCGAUGACGUGCUGGAUGCGUGCCUCGCCAGCGCUGGCCCGCACAUUGCCAAGUACUUCCGCGCGCUGCACAUCACCGACGACGCCGCCGCCUGAACGGCGACGAGUCGUUCGAGCGACUCGUAACAACACAAUGCUAGCCUCGUCAGACGUCAUUUUUGUAUGGUGUAAAUACGGUCUUAGC